AUGGCUGCAACUCCUUCCAAAUCCUUUCAAACUCCCUCCACAUCUAAACUGCGAUCGCAAUCCAAUUCUAAAUCAUCGCCAGCUGUAAACCCCAACACUCCGCAAACCCUACAUCUUCGCAGAUCCGCUCGCGCCAAGUCCCUCCAUUUCGAUACUCCCCAAUCUCCCCACGCAACUCGUGAAGUCUCCCUCACAACUUCGAAGCGGAGGACUCGACGAUCCAUCGAUUAUGUCAAGGAGGAUUCUUGCGAAGUCAAAGUCGCUACUUGGCAAAAUUUAGCUAAAAAGAACGGUUCAGUUGUCGAUGCCUCGAACAAGAAGAAGAAUAGGAAGGGCUCCAGUGAAGCUGCGUUUGCUCCGGUGACGCCAGCUUCGUUGGAGAAGACCUCAAAGAGAAAGAGGGAAGGUGAAGGGAGUGUUGUUACCAGAGCUAAAAGAGGGAAAUUGGAGAAUCGGAAACAGAGUUCAAAAUUGCCUGCGAGGCGCGUUUAUUACAAAAAGGUGAUCUUCGAUGGGGGAGAGUUUGAGGUGGGGAAUAAUGUCUACGUUAAGAGGAGAGAAGAUGCUGCCUCUGAUAAUGAAGAUCCCGAAUUUGAGGAGUGUAAGAUGUGUUUUUUGACAAACGAGGAAGUCAUGAUUGAGUGUGACGAUUGUUUGAAUGGGUUUCAUUUGAAAUGCUUGAGGCCUCCGUUAAAGGAUGUUCCUGAAGGGGAUUGGAUAUGUGGGUUCUGUGAGGCUCGGAGGAUGGGUAAGGAGGUUCAGCUUCCAAAGCCUCCUGCGGGUAAGAAAGUGGUUAGAACUAUGAGGGAGAAGCUUCUUUCCAGUGAUUUGUGGGCUGCUCAUAUUGAAAGCAUAUGGAAAGAGGUGGAUGACAACUACUGGUGUCGGGUGCGGUGGUAUACAAUUCCGGAAGAGACUUCUGUUGGGAGGCAACCACAUAACCUGAGAAGGGAGUUAUACCGAACUAAUGACUUUGCUGACAUUGAGAUGGAAUCUGUCCUUAGACAUUGCUAUGUCAUGAUCCCCAAAGAAUAUGCUAAAGCGAACAAUAUGGGAGAUGAUGUUUUCUUAUGUGAAUAUGAAUAUGACAUCAAUUGGCAUAGUUUCAAACGUCUUGCUGAUAUUGACAAUGAAAGAGAGAAUGGUGAAGAAACUGACAGUGAUGAAGACUGGAAUGUUGACAAGGAAUCAGACCCUGAUACAGAUGAAGAUUUUGGAUAUGAAGGAGAAAAUAUUAAGGAUGGAAAAUGCCAGCCAUCGAAAGGCCAUCACUUAGCUGCAAAUCUACACAAGGGACGGUUCUUUGGACUACAGAAGAUAGGCACAAAAAGAAUUCCACAGCAUGUAAGGUCUCACAAACAUACUGAUCUUGAGAGAGCAAAGGCUACACUGUUGUUAGCGUCCCUGCCUAAAUCUCUACCAUGUAGAAAUAAAGAAAUGGAAGAGAUAACUACAUUCAUCAAAGGUGCUAUUUCUGACGAUCAAUGUCUUGGGGGUUGCCUCUACAUUCACGGUGUUCCGGGAACUGGCAAGACAAUGAGUGUACUAUCAGUAAUGAGGAGUUUGAAGUCUGAAGUUGAUGCAGGAAACAUCAAACCAUACACUUUUGUGGAGAUUAAUGGUCUGAAGUUGGCAUCACCAGAUAAUAUUUAUAGGGUCAUAUACGAGGCACUGAAUGGACAUAGGGUCAGCUGGAAAAAGGCUCUCCACUUGCUAAAUGAGAGAUUUGUAGAAGGAAAGAGAACCGGAGAUGAGGCUGAUCGGCCAUGUAUUUUGCUUAUUGAUGAACUUGAUCUUCUAGUAACCAGAAACCAAUCGGUUCUGUAUAAUAUUCUUGACUGGCCUACUAAGCCACAUUCCAAACUAAUUGUCAUAGGGAUAGCAAAUACCAUGGAUCUUCCAGAGAAGUUACUUCCUCGAAUAUCAAGCCGAAUGGGAAUUCAGAGGCUUUGCUUUGGCCCAUAUAAUUAUCAUCAGCUUCAAGAAAUCAUUUCAAGUCGCCUCAAGGGAAUUGAUGUAUUUGAAAAGCAAGCAGUAGAAUUUGCUUCAAGAAAGGUUGCAGCAAUCUCAGGAGAUGCACGUCGUGCUUUGGAGAUAUGCCGACGUGCAGCUGAAAUUGCAGAUUAUCGAAUGAAGAAGUUAAUUUCUAAUCCUGAUUUUGUUACUCCAGGAAAGGGUCUUGUUGGAAUGGUGGAUGUUGAAGCAGCCAUUCAAGAAAUGUUCCAAGCACCUCAUAUUCAAAUGAUGAAAAGCUGUUCCAGACUAAGCAAAAUUUUCCUGACAGCUAUGGUACACGAGCUUUAUAAUACGGGAAUGGGCGAAACCACUUUUGAAAAGUUGGCAAUGAGGGUUUCAUCCCUCUGUGUCAGCAACGCAGAAGUUUUUCCUGGAUAUGAUACUCUCUUGCAAGUUGGCUGUAAGCUAGGUGAAUGCAGGAUUAUUUUAUGUGAAGCAGGUGCCAAACACAAGUUGCAAAAAUUGCAGCUUAAUUUCCCGAGUGAUGAUGUGGCCUUUGCGCUGAGAGACAGCAAAGAUCUACCUUGGCUGUCAAAGUAUCUCAUGUAG